AUGUCUAUCCAGGCACUGGCACGUAGUUGCCAGCGUCGGCUCAUUAACGCGCGACGACCGUUCAGCAGAGAUGGCUUUACCAAAGACCAAAUAAAGACGGCAGAAUUGCAAAAGACACCCCAUACCCCGAACAACGUGGUGACAGAGGUCCCUCAUUCCAAUGAGCCUUCGUUCAUCGACGUCCCAAGCCCACUGUGGUAUCACAGGCUGGGCCCAGUGCAAGAUUUCUUUGGUUGGUUCAGUCGCGUGCAGCGGCAAAGACCGAAGACCACUACACUGGCGACUUCUUUGACCACAUAUCUCUGUGGAGAUCUCCUGGCGCAAGAAAUGGGAGGAGAGCCCUAUGACGGCGGUCGAACGUUGAGGAUGCUUGCUGUGGGAGGGGCGGCUUCGAUCCCAGGGUAUAAAUGGUUUAUGUUCCUGGGCAGCCAUUUCAACUAUGCCUCCAAAUGGACGUCGAUCAUGGUCAAAGUCCUCAUCCAGCAAUUCCUGUUCGCGCCCGUCUUCAACACGUACUUCUUCGGCAUGCAAGCCGUCUUGACGAAUCAGCCUCCCUCGGUCAUCAUGCACCGUGUCGUGUCCACGGUUCCGGAAAGCCUGGUCAGCUCUGCGAAGUUUUGGCCGUUAGUCACCGCCUUGAACUUCACCCUCAUACCCGCCCAUCUACGUUUCGCGGUCUCGGGUUUCUUCGCUGUGAUUUGGCAGACGUAUAUGUCUUUCCUAAAUCGGCGGGAGGAGAAGACAGGGCCUACUGGCACGCUGGCCGACCAAGCUCGACAGAAACUGUACGAAGAUGCCCCGUCGGCUUCGGUUGCUGACGUUCUAGACAGUGUUGAUUCAGGAAAGUCGGCAUAG